AUGCGAAUUCUAUCCUUUUCAGUUGUUGCAGCAGCAGUCUGCACUGCUGUUCCAUAUGAGGAGUAUAUCUUAGCGCCAGCCAGUCGAGAUCUGAUUCCGAAAAGGGUGUAUCAUGUUAACGGCUCCAUUUCAGACCCCUCUGCUCUAACCAAUACGAAAGGUGGGAAAGCGACUUUUCAUGGUGUCUCAUAUGUCACCUAUGACUUUGGGCACAACAUCGCCGGCAUUGUCUCGCUGGAUGUCAGCCAGGUCUCCUCGCAGGAUGCCUUCAUUGGCAUCACAUUCUCCGAAUCAAGCCUUUGGAUCAACAACGAAGCUUGUGACGCAACUGCCGAUGCAGGUCUUGACUCACCCCUGUGGCUUCCUGUCGGACAUGGCUCGGGGCGAUACACGGCCGAGAAGAAACACAACCGCGGAGCUUUCAGAUAUCUGACUCUCGUCGCCAACACAUCAGCGACAAUCGUUGUUGAAAGUGUCCGAGUCAACUUCACGGCAGCUCCGACUCAUGACCUUCGUGCGUAUACGGGCUACUUCCACUGCAAUGAUGAAUUGCUCAAUCGCAUCUGGUAUGCAGGCGCCUACACAAACCAGCUGUGCACCAUUGAUCCCAGCAUGGGGAAUGCGUUGCCCUUGUUGGGUACGAUCACCUCCAACAAUAUCACCCUCCCGGAGACUGUCCCCUGGUGGAGUAACGAUACCAUCGCCAACGGGAGCAGCGUGCUCACGGACGGAGCGAAAUGGGAUCGCCUUGUCUGGCCGGGUGAUAUGUCCAUAGCGCUGGAGAGCAUCGCCGUCAGCACGUAUGACUUAUACAGUGUGCGCAUGGCGUUGGAAUCACUCUUUUCAAUGCAACAAGUAGACGGCCGUCUUCCUUACGCCGGCAAACCCUUCCAUGAUACUGUCAGCUACACCUACCAUCUCCACAGCUUGAUCGGCGUAUCGUACUUGUACCGCUACUCAGGAGACAGGAACUGGCUUGCCGCACACUGGAGCCAGUACAAACGCGCCUUGCAAUGGUCACUGUCCAGCAUUGACAGCACCGGCCUAGCCAACGUAACCGCAAGCGCGGACUGGCUGCGUUUCGGCAUGGGAGAACAUCGAAGCAAACGCAAUCCUCUACUUCGUCCUCCAGGAAUCCCUACUCCUCGCAGAAACCCUCAACGACACCGCCUCCUCAUCAACCUGGUCCCGGGCAUCGCAGCUACCCUCAAAUCCGCCGCCAACGCAAAACUCUGGGACCCAGCCACAGGCCUCUACCGCGACAACGAGACCACAACCCUCCACCCACAAGACGGCAACGCCUGGGCCCUAAAAGCCAACCUCACCUUGUCAGCUAAUCAAUCAUCCACGAUUUCCACCGCCCUCUCCGCCCGCUGGGGGCCCUACGGCGCCCCAGCCCCCGAGGCAGGAGCCACCAUCUCCCCCUUCAUCACCGGCUUCGAGCUACAAGCCCACUUCCUCGCUGGCCAGCCGCAGCGGGCUCUGGAUCUAAUCUGGCGGCAGUGGGGAUUCAUGCUUGAUGAUCCGCGCAUGACGCAGUCGACGUUUAUAGAGGGGUAUAGUACGGACGGGACGCUGCAUUACGCGCCGUAUAGCAAUGAUGCGCGGAUCUCGCAUGCGCAUGGGUGGGCUACGGGGCCGACUUCUGCGCUGAUGUUCUAUGCGGCUGGGUUGAGGGUUGUUGGGGCGGCGGGGGAGAGGUGGCUUUUUGCGCCGCAGCCGGGGGAUUUGAGAGGUGUUGAGGCGGGGUUCGAGACUUCUUUGGGGAGGUUUGAGACGGAGUUUAAGAGGGGAAAUGGUGGGUAUACGAAGCUGGUGUUUGUGACGCCUGAGGGGACGAUGGGUGAUGUCAAGCUUGAGGCGGAGGGGGUGCUCGUCUCGAGCAAUGGGACGAGGGUAAGGCUUGUUGAUGGGGUUGCUACUGGUCUGCAUGGUGGUACUUGGAUGUUGAAGGGGGUGUAG